AUGAGUGAAUUAACUGAUGCUGAAAAGCUAAAGAUUUUACGAGAAAGAAGAGCCCAAAAAUUUAAGAGGAAUGGUGCCGCCACUGAAAGAUUAAAUAAAAUCACCGGCGAAACUAAUCUUUUGUCUACUGAAUCCCCAUUAGAGAAACAACAGACUAAUACUACUAAUUCUAGCACUAGUUCCUUCCAUAAUUUAACGUCCACCGAAGAAAUGGAUGAAUUGGUACAUACUGCUCAAAAAAAAACUGGCCCGUUACAACAUUCCAACCAGGCCGAUAAUAAUGCUACACAGUAUACCAACCCUGAUAAAGAACAAAAAGAGAGUUUGAAUGCACAAAUAAAAUUAUUGAAAGAAUUGGUUGCUAAUGAAAAAGAUGGCAAUAUUUCCAGUAGUACUUCGGAUAUCGACAGUGAACAAGUUUUUCAAUUGUUGAAUGGCGGUAACGAUCUAGGUAACGCCAGUCCAUUUGGUAACAUCCCAAUUAAUGCUGGCGCACAAAAUAACCCACAAUUGGUAGCUUAUUCUAAGAAUAAAAUAAAUAAAUUCAAAGCUUGGCUGGUCGUCAUUAGAUGGGGGUUAUUUUUAUUACCAUACAUUUAUUUUAUCACCAAUCCUAAAUUUGAUGCCAAUUCAUUGACUCCUUCAUCACCCAUGCUUUCUAAGUACAUUCCCUUACUAUUCGAUAAACAGAAUUUUUUCACUGUUUUUAUUACUUUUGAAAUUUGUAUGAUUUCCAUUUAUUAUCAAUUUAAAAAUAGUUUAUAUAAGGAAACCAAAGUUCAACCUUUGUCAACUAAUAAAAUAUUGAGUUUGCUAGGUAUGAUUCCCGAUGGGUUGCUUCCAUUUUCUAAUGUACAAGGCAAAAUAAAUGCAGUGUUACAGUACUGGGAUGUUUUUGGUAUAUUUUUAACUGAUACUGCCUUUGUUUUGGUUGUUGUUGGUGUCAUUAGUUAUUUGCACACCGCUAAAUAA